AUGUAUGAGGCAAAAACCCUUGGAGAUUUCACUGCCAAGUCAUUAAUUCACUCCAUGUGGUUCAUAUGUGUCACUUUCUUCGGGAUGCGCACUGGCACUGAGAUCCAUAAUCUUAAGUGGGGUGAUGUUUCUGUUGGUCUCGAUGAAGGCUCCGGACGCGAGUUCUUGCAGCUGUCUACAGAAAGACAAACAAAGACCCGUACUGGGGCAAAUGCACGCGACAUAAGACAAAACCAACCAAGAGCUUAUGCUGUGCUGGGAGACCCUGCAAGAGAUCCAGUUCAUCUAUACAGAACAUACACAGACAUGCGCCCAUCUGAAAUGCUUCAGGAAAACAGCCCGUUUUUUCUCAGCAUUUGUACUUCACGUCAGGGUGGAUGGUAUAAGAAAUCUGCAAUGGGUGUUAACAAACUGUAUAACAUCAUGAACGAAAUGAAAGCAGAUGCCGGCAUUGAUGAAGCGAGAAUUACACCCUACAGUGCCAGAAAACGAAUGGUUCAGAAGCUCAACGACGAAGGUGUACCUCCCAACCAAAUCGUACAAAUUUCAGGCCAUAAGAAUAUAAACAGCCUGAAUAAUUACAGCAAAUUGAACACAAACCAGUCGAUGGAGAUCUCGGAUAAUUUGUCAAAUGCCAAUUCCAAUGGUGGACCAACCAAUGCAUCCAGAAGAAACUUGCCUGCAUCCGAUGCUGCAACGAACAUGUCCCGUGGUUUCUUUGUAAACACCAAUUUCAUGGGAGAUGUCACUUUCAAUUUACAGAAUCAAGACCAAAACACUCUCUCGCAAAAGCAGCAUGUGGUGAACAGAAAUCCACAAAUUCCUUCUCCAUGUUCCGGUCAGGGGGAGAGAAGACCUGUCUACAAGAGAAUCCGGCUGAUAUCUGAUAGCGAGAAUCCCCAUUUGUUUAACUGA